AUGACGCAGAACGGGUGGCGUCCGUUCCUCCCUGGUCUGAAAUAUGAAGUGAUCGACUCGGCCUACAUCUCCCUGUAUACAGAUGAAUCCAAUCUGAAGAUGAACGCCGUGGACCACAUCCCUCAGACCUUGGCCAGUCACAUCCGUCUCCCGGAGGAGUUUCACCCCCAGGCUCUGGAGGGAGGGGGUGUCCUGCAGCACGGAGCGGAUAUGCUGAAGCCGGACCCCAGGGACACCUUCUAUAGCAUUCCUAUGAUCGACCCCUCCCGACUGGAAAACGUUCUUCCGGCCUGUCUCUACUCUCCAACCUACGUAGUCAAAGAUUUCCCCAUCGCCAGAUACCAGGGCCUGCAGUUUGUCUAUCUGUCCUUCGUUUACCCAAAUGACUUCACACGUCUCACCCACAUGGAGCGAGAGAACAAGUGCUUCUACAGAGAGUCCCCUAUCUACUUAGAGAAGUUUGGUUUCUACAAAUAUAUGAAGAUGGAUGAGGAGGACGAUGACAGGCCGUUCUUUUUCCCCAACCCAGAUGAUUUCCUAGACGAGGAGGAGGUGGUAGACUUCGAGGACGAGGCGGAGAUUGUUGGCACUCAGCCGCCCAAGAAGCCCUCUCAUCCCAGCCACACCUCCAACCCCUCACAUCCUCACUCGAAGUCUGCGCCCACGCCAGCUGGGAGGGAAGGGGAAGAAGAGGAGGAGGACCCCGAGGAAGAGGAGGAGGGGGCAGUCAACAGUAUCAAACGUCGCAGAGAGAGGAGACACUUUCCUCACAGAGAGGGACAGAUGGCUAAAGAUCUGGACUGGGGAAGAGAUCAUACAAACGGGAGACAGAACACCAGGAAGGGACUUGAAGAGCCCCAAACCAGGGGGCUUCAGCCCGACACGGACAGCGUGGUCCCGCCUCGCUCCUUGUCUUGGAUCCGCACUGGUCCCGCAGAGCUGAAUCCUGGCAGGAAAGGAGGAGGAGGAGGAACAGGUGGCGGGGGAGAGAAGGGAGCUGAGACCCUGCCCAAACUGAGCAAGUCUUCACUCCUCUUCCCCCAGAAGUCCUCCCUCUCUGCCCUUGCCAGCCGAGCCAAGCAGAUCCGCAGCAACUCCGCCCACGGCAACAACCUCCACGACAACAACAACAACAAGGUCGGAGGGAAUAAAAAGAGGGAGGAGAACAAGAUCUACAUCACCCGGCCUCGGCCUGCCAAGGAGCGGGAGAAGGAUAGGGAGAGGGAGCAGCGUCGGGAGAGGAGGGAGGAAAGGAGGGAGGAGAGGGCAUUGCGCCACCCUAGAGAGGUGUUCCCGGGGGUGUUUCUAUACCAAACUGGGAAGACCACUAGGCUGAUUAACCUGGGUGCUAAAGGACAUGCUGGGGGAGGAGGCAAAAGUCUGGUUAGUGCCCCUCAGCUCUGGCCCAACCCCCCCACAAAAGAGGGUAAGACCUCUCCUCGCAAUGGAAGCAUCAACACUCAGAGUGAAAGUGUGCCGAAGUCUGGGGUCAAACAAUCAGAGACAAGCAGGAGGAGAGGGGAUCACGGGGGUUUACAUACUACUGAUGUACCCGACCAAAGGGACCCGCUGUCCCCGCAUCGAGACCCCCCUCCUGUUACCCAGCAAAAGAUAAACUCCACAGAGAACACGCUCCAAGAACAAACACGUGUCACCUCCUACCUCAGGACCUCAGAGAUCACAGAGUCCCAGAAGCAGCCAGACCCCAACCCGGCAGAACUCCAGGAUACAAACCGCUCUAAUCCCGAGCCAGAACCGGAGGAGGGAGAGUUGUCGGACUACAGCUACGAGGAGGUGGAGCCGCGGCCAGGUUGGGCGGAGGAGAGCAUCAACUGGCAGAGGACCUUCUCCGUCAACCCCAUGGACUUCGAGCUGCUGCGCUCCGACUGGAACGACCUGCGCUGCAACGUGUCCGGCAACCUGCAGCUGGCCGAGAGCGAGGUGGUGGACGUGCUGGCGCAGUACAUGGAGAAACUCAACGAACGCAAUGGAGGGAUCUACACCCUGCUGCGAAUCGUUAACGUUGAGAAGCGGCGCGACUCUGCGAGAGGGAACCGCUACCUGGUGGAGCUGGAGCUGAUGGAGCGAGGCCGCAGCGUGGUGCGUCUAUCCGAGUACAUCUACCUGCUGCUCCACCGCAGCAGGAUGGGGGAGGAGAGCAUAGAGAACACUGACUUUGCCCCGGCCUCACCAGCUCUGUCCCCAGCUUCGGUCCCAUCCCCUGCCACAUCCAGCCUGACCACACCACCACCCCCCCCUCCCUCAGCCAGAUCUCCCGCCCGGCCCGGAGCGACACCCUGGAGCACCGCCUACGCUAAGCCUCUGCUCUGCCAGCCUGUCAUGCUGCAGUGGAGGAGAGAUGUCAUGGUGCAUUUUGUGGUGCCAGUGAAAAACCAGGCCCGCUGGGUACAGCAGUUCAUAUCUGACAUGGAGAAUCUUCAUCGCCAAACAAAGGAUGACAAUUUCAGCAUCAUCAUCGUCGAUUUUGAGAGUGAAGACAUGGACGUGGAGCAGGCACUGAGAGACAGCAGUGUGCCAAGAUAUGAGUAUCUGAGGAGAGAGGGGAACUUUGAGCGCUCGGCAGGACUGCAGAUCGGAGUGGACACUAUCGAGGAUAGUCAUAGCAUUGUAUUCCUUUGUGAUCUGCACAUCCACUUCCCUCUCAACAUCUUGGAGAGCAUCAGGAAGCACUGUGUGGAGGGACGCCUCGCUUUCGCUCCCGUCGUCAUGAGACUCAGCUGCGGCAGUUCGCCACGGGAGCCCGAUGGGUACUGGGAGGUGAACGGCUUCGGCUUGUUUGGAAUCUAUAAGACUGACUUUGAUAAGAUCGGAGGGAUGAACACGGAGGAAUUCAAAGACCGCUGGGGGGGAGAGGACUGGGAGCUGCUUGACAGGGUACUGCAGAAUGGUUUGGAGGUAGAGAGACUACGCUUAAGAAACUUCUUUCACUACUACCACUCCAAACGAGGCAUGUGGAACACUCAAAACAAGAAAACUCCUAAGGGAUAGCUCCCCCUGCUGGUUGGAGGAUACUAAAACUACCUGCAGAUCCACUGUGUGUGAGAGAGAGACCUGUAGGAGCUCACUCACUGCCUGAACUCUGCCUUUAUUUACAGGCUCCUGUCAGGGACACCUCUGUUUGCUAUCGGCCCCUCUUGUACGCUUGUGGGUAUGAAGACAGAGUCCAAAUCUGAACUUAACAAGUGAACUGUUUACGCAGACAGACCUGAGUCAUCACUUUGCCUCACUGACUCAACUACUGUACUAGAGAGUUGUUUUUGUUCUCCCUCUCUCUGUCCUUCUUUUGGUGCAAUGUUUUCAGACAGAUUGGAAAGCAGCUGUUUCUGUGUAUGUGUGGUUGUGUGUAUGCGUGGGUAUGUACAUAUAUAAGUGUGUGUGGGUGUGUUGCCGCUUGUGUGUGCUUACGAUGACAGAAAGCACCUUUUUUUCUAACAAGAAGAUGUGAAGACAGCCUAAGAUCUUUUUUCUAACACGCUCUCACCUGAGAGCCUAAUAGAAUGUGUAUCAACAUGUUAUUCAGAUAGAUUGAGACAUGAUGGCAUAGAUCGAGUAGAGCAACUCUGAAUUUCUAAAUACAUCAAAUACUACCUGUUGGUUAUCAAUGACCAGUAUGUCCGACGUGCUGAUAUUCUCCUGAUAACAUGACAUUAUGAAUAAUUGAAAGUUUUUGAAACAGUAAUGCCCUUUUCCACAAAGAUACUGAAAGAUAUGUCAUCUUUAUAUCUCUCUCUUUCCCUCUCUCUCCCUCUGUAUCUUUUAUAGCCUUCAGUCCAUUUCUGCCUUUGUCUGUUGUAAUGUCAUGCAAUUUCAUUUUUGUUUUUAUUGAAACAUUGCUCCACCCAUAUUAAUGGUAGCUAUCAGCUAUGGCUUCAUUCAUUUUUGUUUUACUGUUUGCUAUUUAAACGUUUUGAGUGUCCUCACUGAGUACGAAUGCACAAAUAUUUGGGGUGCUUUUUUAUUUUCUUAAACACUGAAUUUGUGAACAGUUUACAACGUUUAACUUACAAUAUCCUCUAUUCCCUCCACAUCUCUUAUGUAUUUGUAUCAUCAACUGGAACAGACAACUCUUACAUGAGGGAAGGAGAAGACAACAACGUCUUUCUGACAUUUUAUUUAAUGUUGUCACAUUUUAUUAGGCAUUUUCCGAGCUUAGAGUGUCAUUUCAAAUAUUGGAUUUGUGGGAUCUCUACCACCAAGACAGGAAAUGCUUAGCUAUCGAAAAACAUCAACACUCUUCUUUUUCGACUUGCACAAAGCUCGAACAGAAGGGAGACCAGUUAAUGUGUCGUGGCAAGGCAUGGCUGUUUCACAAAUGUGUGCCUUUAUCAGGGUUUGGCUGCAGGCAGUUUUUAAACUAUUCUAAUGACAGAGGAGGGCAAGGGACAGACAACAAAUCACAGUUAUUUAUCAGCAGGCUGUAAUGUCACUGUACAUCCAGCUACAUUGUAAGACGGAUACAGUUCUCUUCAAUGGAUUACAGAGGUGUCAGUGUGUCCGUUAUACUACUAGAAAGGAGUGGUUUAAAGCCACUUGCCCCAUUGGUGAGAUACACGAAGAUGGUUCUAAUGACUACUGAGUGAAAUAGGGAGGUGUGAUGGAGACUCACAGUCAGCUGCAGUACAGCCGGACUCCACCUGCUCCCAUUAGUUUGGCUGGAGGCCGUGCUCCUAAUGCCUCUGUUUAUGCAACAUGGUACUUAUAUUGAUGGGGAGUGGCUGGAAGGCUUAGACUGGACAUAUAUGUGGAUGAGAUGUAAUGAUCUGUUAUUGACUAUAUGAUUGUCAAAAUGCCAUCCAUGACCCUUUCUUUGCCUCUACAGGAAAAAAGGUCUUCACUGUAGGCCAAUUUAUACUGAUAUGGGACUAUUUAAAGAACAAAAGAAACACAUUAAAUAUAAGAGUAAAUAUAUAACAAACGUAAAAAUGAAAAAUAGGAAUAUACAUUCCAAGGUAAUUUCUGUGAAAUUGUUUUGUAGAGAAAAGGUUUUAAGAAUGUAUUGUACUUUUUUUUGAUUUGUUGUUUUUUUUGCAAAUAAACUUUUAUGCUUA